AUGACAAAAUAUCAUUCAUAUAGUCAUGCGGAUGGAAGUCAUUUACAGCCUUGUCAAUAUCAACAACAGAUACCAUAUUUAAAACAACAGCAAAUGCAGCAAGUUCAACAACAACAAAUUCAACAACAACAAAUUCAACAACAACAAAUGCAGCAGCAACAACAAAUGCAAAUGCAACAACAACAAAUGCUAAUACAACAACAACAACAACAACAACAACAGCAACAGCAACAACAGCCAAAGAAACAAAAAACAAAUAUUUUAAAUAUAUAUAAAGAAGGAAAGCAAAAAAUUAUGAUGUCUCUUUAUAAUAUCUAUAGAAAUUUUCCAACCGAGCCUCCAUCAUUUUCAUCUUCUCCUAUUUGGAUGAUGGGCAGGUGCUAUGAGAUCAAUAAUAAUAAUAGUAAUAAUUAUAAUAACAAUAGUAAUAAUGGCUAUAUAGCUAAUAAUAGUAGCAGUAGUAAUAGUGGUCUUAAAUCAAGCCUUUUUCAAAGUUUAUUUAAUAGCAAAGAUAGUAAUAAUAGUAAUAAUAACAAUAAUAAUAAUAACAAUAAUAAUAAUAGCAAUAAUAAUAUUAUUAAUUAUAAUAAUACAAAUAGUUUUAGUACAUUAAAUAAUAAUAUUAUACAAUCAAAUUUUUUAGAUGAUGUCAGAUCAUUAAUAUGGUUUAGUUAUAGAAAAGAUUUCCCACCAAUAGAAAACACAACAAUUACAACAGAUAUUGGUUGGGGGUGUAUGUUAAGAACUGGUCAAAUGAUUUUAGCAAGAGCAUUAUUAAAACAUGUUAUCCAGAUAAUG